UUAAAGGGGGACUAGUACGAAAAUUGGUCAAUUUUAAAAGCCAAUUUCUUCAACCCAGGUGGUGAUAUAUAACCUGAUUUUUCUUAUUUCACGGAAAUUUCGUCGAUUUAGAAAGAAAACGGUUAAAUUUUCGACUUAAAACUCAUGAAAAAUCGCUGGUCGCCAUUGCUUCGUUGUCGCCUGCCGAGCCCGCAAGUUUGCGUCAGCGGUUUCUUCUUGUGACGUCACUUACUCAACAAGCGUCUCGUAAACUAGUAAAAUUUAGUAGAUAACAUGGCGGAUGAGACCUAUUCUUCGAGUUCUUCCAACGUUUCUGAGAGUUCUGGCUCAGACCUAGAAGAAUUAUUUACUUCCACUGGUGCUGAAGACUUUGAGCCGGUGGCUACUCAAGAAGAAAGCCUGCAAUAUCAACGUGAAGUAGCCGAAGAAGAAGAGCAACUUACUAUGUUGAACAAACGCUUUGAAGAAGAGGUGGAAGUUCGCUCAUGGUGCAAGUGUACUCGUUGUUCCUUGGACCUCGUCACAAAGCCAGAGGAGUGUUUUUGCUGCGCCGAUAUUGACCAAUGCCAGGAAAAACUGAAUCAGUUGGUCGAAGAAGGUCCUGGAGAGCCUCCUUCGUGUAUCACCGCUCACCCUGGUUUUAGUCCUGGCUGCCUCGAUGAGUGGGUACUGGAAAUCGCUGCUGUAGGGUUGAGAACGCGCAAGAAUCAGCGUUAUACUUCCUUUUAUGAACAAGGACGUGCUACUAAGUCUCAGUUUCUGAGAUCCGUAUCAUAUCGGCAGUUCACCCGACUGGUUUGGGAAUAUCUUGGAAAUUCAAAGCGGCUUCCCCUACCAUGCUGUGCGUACAGCRCUAUUAGAGCUCGAUUUCCCUCUGAAGAUGGAGAAUAUAAAGGCUUCCAAGAAGAAGAUGAAGAGGAACAGAACGAUUCAGAGCAUCCGAAUGUGACUCUUUAUCCAAGGCAGAGCACACUGGUUCAGGACAUGACAGAUGAAGACUAGGAUGAGCUCUACUUGUUAAUUAAAGUAUUUACUAUGUGAUGUUUUAUAGCUUGUGUAUCAUUUCUCAGUAUGUUUCAUGUAUGUACUAUAUUAUUUUACUUGUUGGAUGUUUUUUUGUUAAAACACCAUUACAAGCUAACUAUYGUGUAUUACACAUAUUUGUUGUUCCUACCUGCUAAGCAUUCCAAGAUAAGAGAAGGCUAGCAUUUUUGGUGCAAAAUGGUUUAUUACAGAAUGAUAGCCUUCUAGGCAACUUGUCUGUCCAUUUGAUGACGUUUUCUUGAUCGCUUUAAUUAGAGCAGUCUUACUUAAUGCCUCUACUAGUUUUUCAUAUGCCUCUGAACCUGAAAUAGGUAUAAACUUAAAAUUAUUUCUUGAAAUAACUUUUAAAGAAUAACAAUGAAUAGCAAUAUUUUCAUUACCUCUGGUCAUCCAAACUUUUUCUUGAAUGACUGGACCAUGAUGGCAGGCAUUAAAUAAUUUAUUUGGAAGUUCCUUGUGUUUAUUAACCACAUGGCAGAAAAAAGCUUGAAACUUUGCAAGUUUCACUUCACCUAGUAGUUCCUUCGUAGAAAUAACUGACCAGUAGAAAUGCCUUACGCAUGCUUUUGACCAUCGUCCAAUUAUCUCACAUGUUUUUUCCUUGCUUAACUUGUUGAGUAUCUUCUGAAUUUCUAUAAAAUAAAGAAAAUAUUAACUGAAAA